CCCAAGAAUAGUCGUCGUAUCGAGGCGGUAGUCGAGUAUCACCUCUCUGUUCUCUCCUCCUCCUCCACCACCUCCUACUACUACUACUACUACUACCCUACACACUACUACACACUGUACACUCUCUUUGCUAUCAUAUAUACUGUUACUACUCACACUACUACUGCUACUACUCUACUGCUACUACUACUACUAUACUACUACUACUACUACUCUAUCACUACUACGUUGCUCUCUCUUCACGAAACGCACGUAGUGGCAGCGUGUGCUCUUGGAUCGUGUGCGCGCGCGCAUCUACUGCUAUCUCUCUUUCUCUCUCUCUUUCUCUCUCUCUUUCUCUCUUACUCUCUUCUUCCUUUUCUUCUUUCGCUAUCGCUAUUACUUACUUACUACUCUACUACUACUACUACUACUACUACUACUACUACCACACUACUAUUACUACUCUGCUACUACUAUUAUCGUAGUACUUCCUUCUUAUAUACGUCAUUCUGUCCUUUUCUAUCCACUUAUCUCUUUCUCUUUUUUUUCUCUUUUUUCUUUCUUCCUUUCUUUCUUUCUUUCUUUCUCUUUCCCGCGCGCGUGCCUCCGUGCCGCGUCAGGCGAACGCAUAAGCUCCGCCGAGGACGACGUGCCGUGGUGGACGCGACGAUCGUCGAGUCGCGCGCGCGCUUUUCGCUCGAGAAGAGAAGAGAGGUGCCCGCGAGGCACCACCGUGUGACAAGAAGCGCCGUUUACGUGUGCCGAGAAAGAGAGAAAGAGAGAGAGAGAGAGAGAGAGAGAGAGAGAGAGAGAGAGAGAGUGUGCGAAUUCCAUAAAAGAAAGAGAAUCGAUCGAUCGUCUGGUAACGUUCCCAACGCGUGUUCUUCGGGGGGGUGUCAGAAAGAGUGAGCAAGUGCAUUGGUUUCUUUUCUUUUUUUUUCUCCCUUUCUUUCACCUUUCGCGAAAUGUCAACCGAACGUUCGUCGAUUACGGUUUAUAGCAGAGGAAGAGGGAUCUUUCGUGUCGGUUGUGGGACCCUCUAAAGUAUAGACGCAAGUUGCGUUUCAUUCAUUGGAGAACGUUCGGAUUUGUUUGGUACCAGGUUGGUACCGGCGGUGAUCAAGAGUGUCGUCUCGAGAUUUAAUGGAUUAUUGCGUUUAAUUCGACGAUAUAUACACAAACAUAUAUAUAUAUAUAUAUACAUAUAUAAAACCAACUGAGUGAAAAUAAAAGUAAAAAGGAUAAAAGACAAGGAAGAAAAAGACAGAAGAAGGAAGAGAAAAAGAAGAAGAAAAAGAAGAAGAAGAAAGAGGAGGAGGAGGAGGGGAAGGAGGAAGUAGUAGUAAAGAGUGAGCGAUUUAAUAGGACAAGUGCAUCUUAGAGGAAAAGACACGUACCUCGAGAGAAGCGAGAGACUCCUCGCGAUCGGCGCGAGUCGAGUCGAAUCGGAGGGCUCGGUGGUGGCGUACGAAGAGGAGGAAGGAGCCGUCAGGGUGGUUCGAGGGGGGACAGGAGGCGCGGACGCCCUGGCGACUGCCGGGGUGGUUUACCCGGCCGCGACGGCGACGUUGUUCCCCGGCCGGGUGCCGGCAGGACACCACCACCACCACCCCGAGUUCACCAGCACGUUGGAGCUGGGGUUCCCGGCGCGCGGCACCACCGCCUCGAUGGCGCUGGUAGCCCCGCCGCCCUCCUGGGCAUCGCGGGACCCUGGAGCUAGCCUCGGGGCCGGUGGUGGGCCCACACCAGCCGCAGCACCAGCUGCCACGGCCGGCGGCGGCGGACCACUUCAGGUUGGCCCGCCGCCGCCCAUGCCUCCUACUACGCAUUUAACACCCUCGGCUACGCCCGAAGAUAUCACGUGCCUCGUACCCACCGGUGCGGUUUUGACACCGAGAGAUCCUCUUCCACCUAGCACCACGCCCGGAAGUCAAGCCAACAGCUCGCAAUCCGGUAGCUCGCAAACGGACAAGUCGCCGAACAUCGAGUGCGUCGUUUGCGGGGAUAAAAGCAGUGGAAAGCAUUACGGACAAUUCACCUGCGAGGGAUGCAAGAGCUUCUUCAAGAGGAGUGUCAGGAGGAACCUGACGUACUCGUGUCGGGGAACCAGGAACUGUCCCAUCGACCAGCAUCACAGAAAUCAGUGCCAGUUCUGCCGGCUGAAGAAGUGCUUGAAGAUGGGCAUGCGCCGGGAAGGUAUGCAUUCCGUUCAGAGAGGACGCGUGCCACCGUCGCAGCCAUCGCUGCCAGGUCUACCAGGACAAUUCGCUUUGACGAACGGUGACGCGGUCGCGUGUGCGAGCCUAAACGGGCACUCCUACCUCUCGUCCUACAUAAGCCUGCUCCUGCGCGCUGAACCAUAUCCAACAUCGAGAUACGGACAGUGCGUGCAACAAAGUAACAUCAUGGGAAUCGACAGUAUCUGCGAAUUAGCAGCGAGGCUUCUUUUUUCGGCGGUUGAAUGGGCAAGAAACAUACCGUUUUUCCCUGACCUUCAGGUGACCGAUCAGGUGGCACU